AUGAGUGAUUUGUGUGUGAUUUGCUCGUGCCCGGGAACCUUCACAUGCUCCCAUUUUGGCGCCAAAUCUUGCAAAGCUUGUGCCGCAUUUUUUCGCCGAACAAUCGCCAUGAAAUUGAUAUAUGUUUGUGUGAAGAAGUCGGAGAUUUGUCGAGUUCAUUUUCAAAUUAAGCAAAUUUGCCGGUUUUGUCGAUUGCAGAAAUGUUUGAGGUUGGGAAUGAAACCGGAAAGUGAGUGGGUUUUGGGGUUUGAAAAAUUCUGUAAAAAAUUAUAGGUUGAAAAUUUCUUAUGAAAAGUUUGUUUGAAAAUUUUCAAAUUUCGAGAAAUCUGAAAUCUUGGGCUCAAAAAUCGACGUGGCGAAAUUUUAGAAAAAUUCUGAUUUCGAAAUUUUAGGAGUAAAAUUUAGGGCUCAUUUUUUUUCAAAAAAAAAAGCUAGCACUUGAAAAUUUGCCACGUGGAAUGUUAAAAUUUUUUCAAAAAUUUUGAACAUUGAAAAAUUCUGUGCGAAAUUAUAAAGUCAACAUUUCUUACGAAAAGAUUGUUCGAAAAUUUUCAAAUUUCAAGAAAUUUUCGGCUCGAAAAGAUUUUUCUGUGAGAAUAUUCAUCUGAAAUCCUGGGCUCAAAAAUCCACGUGGCAAAAUUUUAGAAACUUAACUUGAAUUUAUAAUUUUUAGAAUUUGCUUGAAUUUGAAAUUUCUAAAUUUGAUCUCCUGAAAAAUGUUAAAGAUUUCCAAGAUUCUGAAAUUUCAAACAAAUCCACGUGGCAAAAUUUUAGAAUAAAUUCUAAUUUCGAAAUUUCAGGGGUAAAAUUUAGGGCUCAUUUUUUUUCAAAAAAAAAAAGCUAGCACUUGAAAAUAUUUUUUUUUGAAAUAGCGAAAUUCACUCUGAAAUUCUGAUUUUGAAAAUUCCACGUGGAAUUAUGAAACCAAAACUUUUGAAAAAAAAAUUGAAACCUCCUUUGAAAUUCUGAUUCAAAAGAUUCAGUUUUGAAAUUUGAGCUAAAAAUUCUGUUUUUGGCGCCAAACACCCACGUGGCAUUAUUCUCUGAAAUUUUCACGUGAAAAAUCGAAACCCCUUCCCUUCUCCAGUGGUCCAAUCAAAAAACGAGCGUCGACACUACAUUCGAAUGUCGCGCGGUUUGGUAAAACGAAAAAUCAGCGAGCAUUCCUCGGAAGAAUUGUUGUUGGACGAAGAACCGGGACCAUCAAAAUCAUAUUCUCAUCCAGAAAACACUGGAAACACUCUGAAAAUAUUCAUGCAAAUGGAAAUCGCGUUGAAUGAUCGGAGAAGGCUUUUGUAUUCGGAUACACCGAUUCGAGAUGUUUUUGCGGAACAAGUUGAUUUGGUAAGAAGCUUAAGCUUUACUCUAGAUAAAAAAAAAACAUCUGAAAUUCCAGCCCUACGACGUAAAUUCGCUGAAAUUAUUCAACUACAAAUCGAGUCCCGGUCUAUCGAAACAAGAUUUUUGCAUGAUCUUGGACUACGCGCGAAUAAUGCCCGGAUUUGAAGAGCUGACCUACGCGGAUAAAAAUUUCUGCUAUCGAUUGAUUUGCGCAGUCGAUUUUGUUAUCAAUUCUGCCUAUUAUACCUAUCGGUAGGCAUUUUUCCCACAUCUAGAAUCACAAUAAUUCAAAAAAUUUCAGCUACGGUUUAUCUGAAAAUCGCCUUAUCCUUGCUGAUGGCUCAUUUGUUCCAAUGUCACCUGAACCAAUGACUGGAGAUGAGACAAAUGCGCAGGACUUUUUCGAGACUUCCGAUGAUUUAUCGAGAUAUCGAACAUUGAUGUCUUUGUUUUUGAAACAGUGGAAAAUGUGCACGCCGUUUUCAGAAUUGAAAUUGUCUUGGGAGGAAUUUACGUUGCUGAAGGGUAUUUGUAUUUGGCAUGUUUGUGAGUUGCGGGGAAAGUUUUGGAGGUGAUAAGGAUCAGCGCCUAGAGAGCCUAGUUCUCAAGUAACCGCGCCUAGAAAUCAUGGCUGUCAAGUAGCCGCGUCUUGAGCGUUCAAUUGUGAAGGAACAGCUCCUAGAGAACCCAGUUUUCAAGUAGCCGCGCCUAGAAAUCAUGGCUGUCAAGUAUCCAAGCCGAGAAGACAACAUAGUUGUCAAGUAACCGCGCCUAGAAAUCAUGGCUGUCAAGCAGCCGCCUCUUGAGAGUUCAAUUCUGAAGGAUCAGCGACUAGAGAGCCUAGUUCUCAAGUAGCCUCCUCUUGAGAGUUCAAUUGUGAAGGAUCAGCGCCUAGAGAGCCUAGUUCUCAAGUAGCCUCCUCUUGAGAGUUCAAUUGUGAAGGAUCAGCGCCUAGAGAGCCUAGUUCUCAAGUAGCCGCGCCUAGAGAGCCUAGUUCUCAAGUAGCCUCCUCUUGUGAGUUCAAUUGUGAAGGAUCAGCGACUAGAGAACUCAGUUGUCAAGGAUCAGCGCCUAGAGAACAUAGUUCUCAAGCAGUCGCGCCUAGAAAUCCCGGUUGUCAAGCAGCCGCCUCUUGAGAGUUCAAUUGUGAAGGAUCAGCUCGUAGAGAACCCAGUUUUCAAGUAGCCGCGCCUAGAUUUUUGAGUAAACUAUUGAAUUGCGUCAUUUUUUGAUUUCAGUCGUUUCAAUUUUCUCUGAAAAUUUCAGAAACUGAAAUUUUUCAUAGAUUUUCCCUCACCAAAACCCUCCCAAAAUUCCAGCCUAUUAUCGAUUAUCCGAAGAGGGCCGUCAAAUCGCCAAAGAUCAACGAAAUCUCCUAAUCAAAGCCCUCUAUCGAGUUUGCGAUGAAGCUGAAGAACGCGUCGGAAGCCUGAUUCUGAGCCUAAGUUUUAUCAUGGAGCAAAUAAGACACGUCAAUUGCUCAUUUGUUAUGAUCUCGUUUUUCGGCAUUUUGAAAGUUGAUUCACUUAUGUUAGAUGUCACCACGUUUUGGUGA